UGGGCUAUUUCAUGCUCACCUGUCCCUUAGAUACAAGGUAGCACCGAGAAACAGAGGACUCUUCUCUAGAGCAGACCCAACUGGUUUUCAGCAGCCAAGGUAAUUGCAUGGAUUCCUGAGAUUCUUGAGCUCACACUUGAUAUAGAAUAAUGAUUAACACGCCGUGGGAGAGCAGAGUCUGGCAUUUGGACAUGCAGCUGAUAGGAAAAGUAGCGCUCUCAGCAACUGCUGUCUUUAUUUUGGCACUCGCUUAUAGAUUUUAUAAGUUACGAAAACUAGAGAGCACUGAUCCAAAUGGCAAUCAUGUCCCAUGCAGUGUCACAGAGAAGAACCCUACUGAAGAAACUCCUUUACGGGAUUACAUAGGUGAAGAAAAUGGUAACCUGAGAUUUAGGUGUGUACACAACUUGCAGAACAGCUCGGUCACAGAUCACGGAAAUAAGAACCCUGCAAACCAGACUCACUAUAAGGCUCAAGAGGGAUUACCGAUUGGUGAUGUCACCCAGAAAGAUCAAAGUGGUCUAACGAGUGAACAAGUGCACAAGAAGCUUGACCCCCUGCUAAGCCAACAACAAACUAGAGAUGAUACUGCAGGCCAAACAGAUGAGUGUGAUGGAGAAGACGUCAUCAACAAAACACAGAGCCAGGACUGCAGGCAGGAUCCAGAAGGUGGAGAAAUGCAAGAAAAGUCAGAAAUGGCAAAUGGUUCCACGGGAAAGGAAUCUGAAGAUUUGUCUGCAAGUCACGAAAAUCGACCAGAAGAAAAUUCACCCCAGGUUAUCUCAACAGAAAUUCAAGGUGAUAUCAUCACAUAUGGUGGCCAAACCCAGAUACUCACAACAGAAGGCUUAAGAGAGAAGAUGGUGGAAUCCAGUUCUCAGGCAAUCAUAGAUGAAGUUGAUCAUCGCCUUGAUACUGGGGUUCAUGAAAACCAGAUACCCCUUACAGAUUUACAAUCAUCUGCUAACAAAGGGGACAUAAGCAUCACGGCUCAACUAGAACCAACUAAUGAUGAUGACUGUACAAAGGAUAACAUUCAGGAGGAAAUGAGCAAAAUCCAAAACCUAAAAGACAACCAAGAGGAAGAAGACAAAGGAACCACCAACGACACACAAACACAGCGAAUCAAAUCCAAUAUAAUUUCUUCUGUCACUGCAUCCUCAUCAUUUUCCAACCAGCAAGACCAGGACAGUGCUAGAGUGGUACAGUCCGCACCAAACACCUACCACAUUUCUUUGGAUAAAGAGUCCACUCUUGAUAUCCAUCUUGAUUUGGGAAACUGUUAUGAAGUCUUGUGCCUGGCAAAGAAAUACAACCACGAUGUCCUUAUAGCAGCGGCUUACAAAAUAAUGAGUGACAACUACUUACAGGUUCUACAAAACCCAACAAUCUAUGGACGUCUCAACGCCAUGGAGAGAGACUUAAUUCUUGAGGCCAGGAUGAAGGGAAGGCGUUUUGUGGUUGUUGCUGACAUUGACACUCAAGCCACCAAUGCACCUGAAAACAGCAGCAGUCUGAGUUAUUACGACAGUGACAAUGACCAGUGGCACGCGUUGUCCCACAUCCCAAGUGAAGCUGUCAGCAGAGGCUCUUCCAUGGCCACUCUCUUCAACUACAUCUUCAUCGUGCUUGGUUCAGACGGCCUUGAGAGGCAAAUGAAACCGUCCAAACGUGUCCUCUGCUACAACCCCUCGAUGGACACUUGGAAGGAGGUGGCUUCGCUCAAAGAAGCAAGGCCUCACUGCAAACUUGUAACCCUUGAUGGCUGCCUCUAUGCCAUCGGGGGGGAAUGCCUUCAUACCGUUGAAAGGUAUGACCCACGCCAAAACAAGUGGAGUUACAUAGCGCCUCUUCCGAAUGACACCUUUGCGGUCGCUCAUAUGGCGACUGCGUAUGACGAUGAGAUUUACGUGACGGGUGGAACCAUACGAUACAUGCUCUUAAGAUAUAACCAUCGAGAGAAAAUCUGGAAGAACAGUCACAUCAGCGGCAGCAAAGACAGGACGACAGAGAUCGUAAUCGCCAACAACUUCCUCUACCGCUUUGACCUGAACCGCAGCAUGGGGAUAAGUGUCCACCGUUGCAACAUUCGAGCCAGGAUCUGGUAUGAAUGUGCCACAUACGCGAUGCCUUAUCCGACACCCUUCCAGUGUGUGGUCAUCGAUAACAACAUCUACUGCAUUAGCAGAAACUUCCACCUGCGUUUCUUGGCGGAUGAAGUAUCUCCCAGGUUUAUGGAUGUAGACCUACAGACUGUGCCCUUGCCAAAGGGCAUCCUCUACCCUCUUGUCCUUGUUCUGCCAGUCAAGGGCGUACAGUGAACUCACCAACAAAGAGGUUGGAAGCUUGUUAAGAGUCAGAUCUUGACACUGGCUACAUCCACGUACAGGACAUAAAAGCGGAAAUGUGAUAAUUAUUCAUUGUCUACAACUGCAAUUCUCUUGACAAAUGCACCGUUAUAAACUGCAGCUUCAAGCAAGUUCGUGGCACCGCACUAAAGUCUUUUCUGCAAGACGGAAACUUUUUUACCUUUUUUUUUUUUUUUUUUGCCCUAAUACAUAUAUUCUGUAUUCAUACAGGCAAGAGACAGAAAGAUAAAUCCUGGAGCCUAGCAGGUAAAAACACCAACAUUCGCAGUAAUUACUUCUCAUUGCUCAGUAACUCACAGCUGAACUUUUAGAGAUGGGAUUUUUUUUUCCAGAUUUUGGGGAAUAUGCAUAUUUUAUGUCUAUAGUGUAACACUGGCGUCAGCAUUAACCCCAUAGAUGAUGAAGGAUGUGUAAAAAAAAAAAGAUGGAGCGCUUACACCAAAUAUAGAUAAUUAGGAUGAGUUACAAUGUGACAGAAUGCUAUGUAAUCUAUUAUCUGCACAUGAAUAUAAAGAGUGACUUUAGGGUUAACGUGUAGCCUUCAGCUGCAGCCGCCAUAGCUUGUUAUUAUAGGACGGCAGGGUGCAUCCUGAACGCUCCACGUCAUAUGCAAACAGAGAUUAGGAGUAUUUGCCUUUGAAAUUAUAUGUACAAUUACAGUAAUGCUAUAGUUAGAAUGACCCUUAAGAGACUACGCUCUGGUAUUCUAAUAGUGCACUGAAGGAAUGUCUUUUAAAGGGCAUCUGUCAGCAGAUUUGUACCUUUGAUACCGGCUGACCUGUUAUAUGGGCGCUUGGCAGUUGAAGAUAUCUGUGUUAGUCCCAUGAUCCUACGUGCCCGCAUUGCUGAGAAAAAUGAUGUUUUAAUAUAUGCAAAUGACCCUCUAGGUGCAACGGGGGCGUUACCGUUACACCUAGAGGGUCUGGUCUCUCUGCAGCUACUGUACCCAAUGCAAUUUGAUUAACAGCGCCAGGUGUGAUCACAUUUUCACUGCCUGGUCCUGUCAUUUAAAGUGCAGAGGACAUGGCAGUUGCAGAGAGAGCAGAGCCUCUAGGUGUAAUGGCGACGCCCCCGUU